GUUUAUGCCGCACGGUCUGGGUCACCUGUUGGGCAUCGACGUCCAUGAUGUGGGAGGAUAUCCAGAGGGCACCGAGCGCGUUGACGAGCCGGGGCUGAAGAGUCUGCGGAUGGGCCGUGUGGUGCAGGAGCGCAUGGUCCUCACGGUGGAGCCGGGAAUCUAUUUCAUCAACCACCUGUUGGAUGAAGCGCUCAACUCACAGAAGCAGUGCGGCUUCAUCAACAACGACGUCCUGGCGCGCUUCCGCGGCUUCGGCGGGGUGCGUAUUGAGGAUGAUAUCGCUGUGACGGCUGACGGCGUGGAGCUGCUGACCUGCGUUCCUCGAACCGUGGAGGAAAUCGAGGCCUUCAUGGCGGAUGAAACAUCCAAACCCUUCAGUCCCAUCAGCAGCCAGAAACUCUGAAGAGAUGAUGAUGAAGAUGAUGAUGAAGAUGAUGAUGAUGAUGAUGAUAAAGACAACGCUCCCUCUCUUCAACAGAGUAUCUAUGAUAUUUCACACUAUAAAGGGAAAUCAGUCAAAUGUCAGCUCGUUUGAUUACCCUGAGGAAAAUCAGUAUUACAAAUUAAUUACAGGAUCAUUUAUGCUUUUAUGUAGCAGCCGUGGAACAAUUUUGUUUGAUAUUCUUGAUAUUCUUAAUAAAUGCAGCUCUGAACUUUGUUUAGCCUGAAUUAAAAGAACUUUAUUCAUUCGUAUAAUCUUCUGUAUACUUUGUGCAAGUUUGUAAGGCAAAGCAAUGCUUAUUUUUAAUAAAGCUCUGAUUUUUCUAGCAUCAUUUAGAA